GAGGGUUGGCCUGGUGAAGGUGCAGGGGAAGGAGGCUGCUGUGCUCGGGCAGAUAAGUCAGUAUUGGUCAGGCUGUGGCAGUGAAAGCUUCUACACCUCCUCCUGAACCAGGCUGGUGGUCAGGUACCACAGUGUGACGGGCUCUCUCACACCACACUGUGUACUCACCUGGUGACUACACACAGUACUCACACAGUAGUGUGUCCCUCCCUCUCUUGUAACUCCCGGUUAUUAAUUGCAUUAUAGUGAAAGCUUGCACAUUAAAACUCCAGAAAAAUUAAGAAAUUAAACCUGUUUGCGGGAAGAAGGAGAGAGUGUGAGGAAGGGGGCGCUGGGCUGGUCACUCACAACCCCUGAACGACCCUCAUCCUGUGAGGAAGGCGGCGCUGGGCCAGUCACUCUCACUACCCCUGCCCCACCCUCAUACUGUCAAGAAGCCUUCUUCAAUACUAAAGGGCCACAUAAAGGAUGGGGUCGGCGUUCUUGGAGGACCCGGGCGUGGACGAGUUCCUGGGGCUGUCGCUGACGGCGCUGGAGGUGGACGAGGCGUACGUGCAGGUGGUGUCCCACUACGACGCCAGCCUCGCCCUCUACACCCUCAACCAUGAGUGUUAUGGGUGCCCGCUGGAGAAGGAAGGCGUGGUGGCGCCCGGGACCACUGUUAACCUGACACUGGCCACCGACCAUCCCUGGACCUUCCUCCUCAACACUGACGGCUCUCAUGAUUACAUCCUUCCAGAGGACAAGUCCGGGGUGUGCGUGGUGGAGGGCGCCAAGCUGGGAGAGUUCGGGGUGUACCAGCUCAAUGUGUCGCAGGACGCCAACUGUACCUUCACCAGCCUCAAGGAGCCAGUCUUCCAGUACGGAGCCAUCGUGAUCGCUGUGGCGGUGUACACAGCUGUGGCGCUGCUGGCAGCUGCCGCCCCCGCCCUCUACCGCUGGAUGGCCAGGCGCUACGCCCAGGCCAGGGACGACGGCUCCCAGGUGGAGCUACAGAUGGCAGGGAGCACCACUACACCUACACCUGAGGGCGGGAAGACACCCGCUACCAACACCCCGCCGGCCAAGCCCAGACUUAAGUCCCUGGAUACCUUCAGAGGGAUGGCCAUUGUGGUGAUGAUCUUCGUCAACUAUGGAGCAGGGAGCUACUGGUUCCUAGAGCACGCUACCUGGAACGGUCUCCAGGUGGCAGACCUGGUGUUUCCCUGGUUCAUGUGGAUCAUGGGAGUGUGUAUACCGAUGGGACUCCGCUCCGCCCUCCGCCGCAAGACGCCCAAGCAUAAGAUAUUCUUCAGAAUACUGAAGCGUUCCAUCAAACUGUUCGUGUUGGGCAUCAUCCUCAACUCCCUGGGCGGGUGGAUCAUGCUGGACCAGUACCGGGUACCAGGCGUCCUCCAGCGCUUCGCCUUCACCUACCUGGUCACUGCCGGCGUGGCCCUGGCCCUCUCCCCUGACCAGCCCCCUCAGUACCAGAGUGACGUGGGCAUCGCCAUGGCGGACGUGCUCCAGAUCUUGCCCCAGUGGGUGGUGCACCUGGUGAUCCUCGCCGUCCACACCCUCGUCACCUUCCUCCUCCCCGUCCCAGGCUGUCCCACGGGUUACCUGGGACCUGGAGGUGUGGCGCUGCUACAGAAUGGGACGCCGUCGCCUGAGUGUGUGGGGGGCGCCACAGGAGAGGUGGACCGCUGGCUCCUCACCACCCAGCACAUAUACCAGAACCCCACAGCCAAGUUGGUCUAUAAGACUGCGGCCUUCGAUCCAGAGGGAGUCCUGGGGUCGCUGACGUCCAUCUUCCAGGUGUUCCUGGGGCUGCAGGCCGGGAUGGUGGUGCAGACUCACCACACCCACAGGGGACGCCUGGGGCGCUGGGUGGCCUGGGGACUCCUGCUGGGGGCUGUGGGCGCCGGUCUCUGCGCCGCCUCCAUCAACGAUGGUGUCAUCCCCGUCAACAAGAACUUGUGGUCGCUCUCCUUCGUCAUGGUCACCUCCUGCUUCGCCUGCUUCCUGCUGGCACUCUGCUACCUGUUGGUUGACGUCUGGGGUGUGUGGAGCGGCGCCCCCUUCUACCAGGCAGGAAUGAACAGCAUAUUCCUGUACGUCGGACACAACGUAACGUAUAACGUAUUCCCUUGGCACUACGCUGUGGGUCGCAUGAACACCCACCUGGCCAUACUGACGGAGACCCUGUGGGGUACCACACUCUGGGUCCUCACUGCACUCUAUCUACACCACAAGGGCAAGUUCUACACCGUGUGAACUGUGAUGCACCAUCAACUUCUCCCCAAUGGUCACCACCAACCGUCGUCAUCUCCCUAGUGGUCACCACCACCAACUCUCAAACCCGAGUUACUCAACAAAUUUAUUCAAACUUUCAGUAGGAAAGAUGAGCUUAAUAUUAAUAGCACAUAACUGAUUGUAAAUAUUUGGUGUAUAAGGUUUGUUUACAUGUUGUAGUAGGUGUUGACAUGUGUUAGCAUGGCAACACUAAGCUGUAAUGGUAGAUGAUGACAUGUGUUAGCAUGGCAACACAAAGCUGUCAGCACCGCAGUGCAGCUCCGGCGGUCACAUAACUUGCCAACAAUCCCACCUAUGCGCCUGAAAUGAGUAUUUAUUGGCAACUAUCUGCUCCUAAGUACCAAUAUGUAGUGAUGAACAAGCACAAAGUUAACAUUUUGUACUUUAAAUUUUAUAUACGAGAAAUAACGGUUAAAAUCAAACUUAAACAUUCAUAGACCUAGUAUAGCACACAUAAGUACUAAGAUAGUAUUAGGCCUAAGAUUGCAAGGACAAAUUAGGUUAGGUGAUUUAGUUUGAUUUUGUAUUGAAGAGAAUGUAAUUUGGGCUAAUUCAGUACUACUAAACGUGAACAUGUUGGAGUCCAACACUACGUAUUGGUACUUAGGCCUAAAUCCAUGCUGUAGGCAGUCAUUUUUGAAGGAUGGGCCGUAUAAAUUAUGUACAUCCAGGAAACGAAUUAACUAAACUACUGUAUAUUGUAUGUUCAAUUUCAGAAUUAAUCCAGCUCUCUGUAGUAGUUUGUAGUCUUUGAAAAUUCUAAAUCUAAACCCAUUACAUGUUGGCUCUAUUCCUGCAGUUGUGGUUAAGCCACCAAUGCUGCUGUAUCAUGUUCUGUAUACUUUAAAUAAACAUUAUUAUUAUUA